AUGCCAAAGCUUUCAGAUGAUGGAGUUCCAGGCAUUUUAGUCAAUUCUACCAACAGCUUGCAGACAGAGGCAGACAAUAAAAAAUCACCUUUUAAAAAAUUAGCAAACUUCUUCAAACACCAAGCUACUCACAACAGCCAACAAGAUGGAGGAAUGAAACUCAGAGCAAAAGAUGAUCACCAUGUGGAAAAAGUUAGAACGAGCACAUCCCUAUCCAUCAAACGAUCGAGAUUAAGGACAAGAUCAGUUUCAUAUAAUGAGUAUGAUCACUAUUGCUCUGAAUAUCAUCGACAACAUCCACACCAACAGCAGUUGUAUCAGUCAAGUUCAGCUCAUGAUGCAACCAGCAGACCACCUUUGAAGCAUAGCAUGUCAGUAAACGACGAUCGAAGAAUGACCCCCAGAGAACGUCGGACAAGCUUCAACAGUGAUGUCCUAAUCAUCGAGUUUGAUAAGAAAUGCACUUUAGAGCUCACCAAACCGUACUGCCACGUUGAAAAGUUGAAGGAUGAAGAUGAUGAUAAUCAUGCUGAUGGUGGUGAUGAAAGAAAGAAUGAUGUCGUUGGUAGUGGUGGCGGGGGUGGUGGUUCCGUUAAUGGUGAUAGUGUUGCUGCAAAUGUGGGAAAGAAAGUUCUGGAAUUGAUUGAGGAAAAACCUGGUGAAUUUGAAAAUAUUAUUUGUGGCAGCGGCAGUGGCAGCCACAAUGGCAACAAUAGCGGUGGAAAGAUAAAUGAUAACAGUGAUGUUAUAAAGAAUGGUGAUGAUGACGUCAGGAAAAAUAAUGGCGAUGAUGACAACUGCACUAAAAACGCCGGUGAUAAUGAUGAUUCCAAAAAUAGCGAAACCAACGACGACGAUGGUGGUGAAAAAUAUGAUAAAAACGUCAUCACCAAAAACAGUUACCAGGAAGAGGAAGUAGAUAGCGAUGACGUCGACGGCGACACCUACAACAAAGACUUGAACAUCACAAUCGACAAAGGAAUCUUCCGCACCACAAAGCCACAAUUCGUUCACUCCAUUUCUUGGCCGACGGUUCGUCACAAAAUUUUCAAAAAUGGCGACGAUGAUGACGACGACGAUAACAACAACAAUAAUAAUAAUAAUAAUAAUAAUAAUAAUAAUAAUAAUAAUGAUGAUGAUGAUGGCGUAACGGUCACGAGAUUCGCUAACAAUUGCGAUAUUGAGAUCAUCCACGGCGAUCAAGUCGUUCAGAAAAAUGGCAUCGUCCUUAAGAGUGUUCUCAAAAAGUCCAAAUCCGACCCCAGCCAGUCGAAGAUCAAUUUUGAGGAUUUGAUUGAUGAGGCGCUUUAUUUGAGUAGAUGA